AAGUGCUAAGACGACAUGGCAUCCAAUCCUCCUGCCAUCAAAAGUUACAUGAGGUACAUACAUCUUAGGAUAGAGCGUGUCUCACUGCAUGCGCGCAUGUAUGAGCCGCAGCAUUAUUACCGCCUCGUCCAACGAACCUCAUCAGAAUGGAUACAGAUCCUCUUGCAUCGCGCACUCGGUUUGCCCUAUACAACUGGCCGCGUCGACUUUCUUCAUCUCCCAAGGCAACCAGCCGAGAGACACAGGGCGACGGUGGUGAGCAGCCAUUACCAGCUAGGCGUUCGAGCUUGGGGGUGUGUGUCUGUGGUGCCGUGCAAGAUGAGGAUGACAAGCUGCCGGCGGAGCGUGGCCGUCGCUGCCGCCUUGGUGCUGCUGGCGUUCGGGUGCGGCAUGGUGGAGAGCCGCCGCCUGGCCAGGAUGGGCCUCGACAUUCACCUGGGCGCCGGCCUUGGAGUGGGAGGACGGGUGCCAGCGUCCGGGUCAGGAUCUGGUUCCGGCUCCGUGGCUGGAGCGGGCUCGACCGCUGCGUCUAGAUCAGGCUCAGCUUCUGUUCGAGGGGCCAGCUCGUCCGCUCGGUACAGUGUUGGAAGCUCGGGCCGCACUUGUAUAUAUAGAAAGGAUGCCAUGGCUUACAAGACGAGAUCGAGAGAUCGUUACUGAGAAUGAUCGUUACAGGAGAAUCAGGAGAAGGGAGAUAACAGAAGAAGAGAUAGAGAAGGGUACAAGUUUAAACAGAUAUCUAUCGCUAUACAACUCUAUCUCUAACCAACUAUUCUAACACUCCCCCUCAAUCUGAACCUUAUGAAACUUUGCUAAGGUUAAGAUUGUACUUGAACUCGUCCAACCUUCUCAUGGUGAGAGGUUUUGUAAACCCAUCGGCAAGUUGACCUCCAGUAAGUAUAAACCGAAUAUCCAGUAGCUUUCGAGCUACUCUUUCUCUGACAGAAUGAAAAUCAAUCUCAAUGUCUUUUGUGUGUGCAUGAAAGACCGGAUUUGCUGAGAGAUCGGUUGCACCAAUAUUGUCACACCAUAACC